AUGGCAACCAUGCGCUCUGCACAUUUCGGCAUACUGUCUAUCCUGUCCUGCCUCAUGCUAGGCACGUUUUUCAAUGCUGUACACUCAUCGCCUCCAGCUGCAGUGGCCAAUUCGCAAAAUGGCGAUCAUCCGCUCCAGGUGUUGCUCUGCAAGACAGUCGAUUUCAAACUCAGGACAAUCAUUUACGCUGAUGGGGUGCGAGAUUCUUCGUCAAGCACUCAAACCAAUCCCGGACCAUAUAAAGACGUCCUCGACGGAUCUGCCUCAAGCUCAAACAGUCCCCUCAAUACCGAUUCUGCUGAGUCUGGGCCAUUAAAUCCGACAAGUUGCAAGGCUGCAUGUAAGAAGGCAGUGCAGCGACAUCGAGAUCUCUUGGCGAUCAUGCCAGAUCGCUGUCAAGUUGUCAUUACAGACGAAAUAUCUCCAGCAUACACACGCCCAGGUUACCAGCCAAGCACCUAUGAUUGGGCUUACAUAAGGAUUCGAUGGGAGGAUCUCUCAGUGAUAACAAGUUGUCUCGCGCCAGGCGUCAUCGAUGCCUUGGCAUUCGAUACAGAAGGUACACAUCAAGAGAAAACUCGCCGGAGAUUUUGUACUGAACCGGACUUUACUGAUCACCAUCAAUGCAUGUGCAGAACUGACCUUCGUGUCCGAAGGCUCUUACCUGAAGCAUUUCAAGAUCCCGACUAUGGACUUUUCCGCAAAGAUGGUAAGGGACCAUGUCGCGAAGACAAUGUCAUCUCCCGACUAGUUCAUAAUGGUUGGCAGCCUUACGGCCACCAAUUUGUCGAGUGGAAGCCGUGUCUCCAAAAGGAUGAUGCUGAUUGGGUCCCAACCGAAAAAGGCAUUAUGUGA